AUGGAGCCCAAAGAGCAUGUCACUUUGGAUAAUGAACAUUCCUACAGCUUCAAUGAAGCUUUUGGUAUAUGUCUGUCGAAGAAGGAACACGGCACAUUCGAAUGCGUAAAUCGUGGUAUUUUAAGUGCUUUACAAUCCUGGUAUGAUAAGGAUACAUUGGAGUUUGGAAAGAUGCGACUGGACCGAGCGGAAGGCUACAGCAGAGAUUUUUUGGAUUUAGACUACGAUCCGAAGGAUUUUGGAAAUAUCGUGAAAGCAGCCGCCAGAUUAAUGGAACGUCGAAAUAUCAAGUGGAAUCUCGAUAAUCUAUAUCCAGGAUUGCAAAUGCGCGUCGGACCAAUGUUAAAUAGAGAUGGAAUACUGGAAUUUGUUCUCAACGAAAGAGCUACUUCGUAUGACGACAGACAGACUAGUGGAAGACAGUUAACCAGACACAUAUUACUGCCAUUUCUCUUGGGUUUCAAAUUCAAUUUGGCAUCUCUAAUUCCACUUAUGUUUGGCUUCCUGCUGAUUGUGACCAAGAAGGCCCUGUUAUUGACAAAAGUGGCGCUGUUCCUAAGUGGUCUUUUAGGAUGGAAUACGCUUCUUUCCGGAACACCUGCAGCGUCUUACCCGGCGAACGCGUUCAAUGACUUCCAUGCUUACGGACAUGGAAUACCGGCAGGUGUUUAUUCCCAUUAUGAGCAUCAUUAUCCGCAGCGGCCUUACAAAACGUUACAAGACUAUACUCCUUAUGAUCAGCAUGUCAUUAGAGAAGUCGUCAAUGUUUAUGAAGGAAAUAAUGACUCGGGACAGAGUAGACAAAAUGCAAAGAAUUUUGUAUGGACUCAAAAUGAUUAAUUAAUCGUACAAUCUAAAAAUAUACUG